AUGGCGCGCCAAAGCUGCAAAUAUUUACUCGGGCCGGCAGCAGCGGGGGAAAUUCCCGCACGGGAACUGCGACGUCUGCUGGCCGUCUUGUUUUCCAAUCGUGACGAGUCGACGGGACGGAACGGUGACGACGUGGUUUCCGCCGACUUGGCUCGACGUGACGCCCCGUCGACGUCGGUGUCGAAUGCCCCGCUGAUGUUCUUCGUGUCGGCGAGGAAAGGAAGAGAGCCGGUGGUCGGUGUGCAAGUGACGGCUACUGUCGAGAGGAUUUCAGAUGACACUAGGGACAAUGUGACGGUGUUGCUGAGUGACGACGGCAGAGGAGGCGUGCAUUUCUCUUCUCAAAAUGCCCCGCUGAUGUUCUUCGUGUCGGCGAGGAAAGGAAGAGAGCCGGUGGUCGGUGUGCAAGUGACGGCUACUGUCGAGAGGAUUUCGGAUGACACCAGGGACAAUGUGACGGUGUUGCUGAGUGACGACGGCAGAGGAGAUCCGGAUGUGACCGGGAAUGACGGGAUUUACUCUGGGUACUUCACCGAGUUCCUGAGGACCAGUGGCCAGUACAGGGUGCGGAUUUCCGCUGUCCGUGAAGGUGAGUCUGGUCGUUUUUUCUUCAGCCCGGAUUAUUCCUUUCUUCCUGCUUCCGGUUUUAUUCGAGUCUCGAUCGUGGGACAGAAGAGAUAA